AUGCCGUCGGCAAUUCCUGAUAUCACGGCCGUUGCCGCUGAAGACAUUAAGGUGACAUCCACCGAGGUGCCGGCCACGAACGGGAUUGGAAAAAAACUCAACAGCAGGGCAACCUGGAACGGGCAUGAAAACGCUGGUAGCUCGAGCGCUUCGGAUUGUUCAACUGAUACCUUUAAUCAUAGCUUCUAUGGACUGAAUGCGAGUGAAGCGUGGAACCGUGCUCAACCUACCCCUGGUCGUACGUUUAGCAUUGAUGAUGAAUCGGGAGAACAGCAACCUCGAGCCUUCUCUCGGAUACAGUCAUGGGGAGAUGAUCCCAAAACCGCACAGUUUCCUCGCAUAUCUAAACCCGUGGAGCUUAUGCGCCACUCAUACGACUGUGUUGUCAUCGGCUCUGGGUAUGGUGGUGGCGUGGCAGCGUCCCGCAUGGCUCGUGCUGGUCAAUCGGUCUGUCUCCUAGAGCGCGGUAAGGAACGCUGGCCCGGAGAGUACCCGGUUAGCACAGGUGAUGCUCUUGAGCAGGUCCACUACUCCGGGGAAUUUACCCCUGGUUGGUUGCCCAAGAAGGUUGUCAAUGGUGGCGAUCCUACCGGCAUGUAUCACUUAAUAUUCGGGAACUGUCAGAACGCAGUUGUUUGCAAUGGUCUUGGUGGGACUAGCUUGAUAAAUGCCAAUGUAUAUUUGGAAGCGGACAAAGAUACGCUACAACAAGAUGCGUGGCCGAAAGAAAUUAGGGAAGAUCCGGAGUCUUUGACUGAAUAUUACAAGAGAGCAGCAAGUGUCUUAGAGCCAGAAGCGUACCCCGAUGACUGGCCGAAGCUGCCAAAGCUUGACCUGUUAGAGAGGCAGGCAAAGUAUUUGAACAUGACAGAUAAGUUUCGACGUGUGAAACAGACGACGCGAUUCCGAAAUGGACCAAAUAGCUGUGGUGUGGAAAUGUUUCCAUCGGCACUCACUGGUCAAGACGUCACUGGUUUAAACGACGGGUCUAAGAACACUACACUCGUUACGUACCUGGCUGACGCGUGGAACUGGGGCGCUGAUAUGUUUUGUGAGGCCGAAGUACGAUACAUAACUAAAGCACCAUAUAACCAAUCCGGGUAUAUUGUCUAUUUCGCUUGGCAUGGACGAAAUCGCGGCCACUUCAAAGCAAAUCUGCAUGGAGACCUUAUGUGGGUUCAUGCAAAGAAAGCUGUGUUUCUCGGCGCCGGCUCUAUCGGCACAACUGAGAUCCUCCUUAGGAGCAAAGAUAUGGGACUUGAGCUGAGUGGGAAAGUAGGCCAGAACAUGAGCGGCAACGGAGAUAUCCUAGGGUUUGGGUAUAAUACGGAUUAUGAAGUUAACGGAAUGGGGAAAGCUUCUCCAUCCCCUUCUCAUCCUAUCGGACCUUGCAUUACCGGUAUCAUCGACAACAGAGAAGGCCACGAUAAUCCUUUAGAUGGUUACGUUAUUGAGGAAGGGUCUAUGCCAUCAGCAUUCGCCCCUUUUCUACAAGCUAUGCUUGAGCUCUUGCCUGGCAGUAUUGAGCCGACUGAUGAAGGUCUUGUUGGCAAAGUAAAGGCGAAUCUCGCUCGCGUGGGAAGCGCAUUCCUCGGGCCAUAUUUCCGUAAAGGCGCGAUUGAGAGGACACAAGUAUACUUGAUCAUGUCCCACGAUAGUAACCAAGCAUACCUAACGCUAAAAGAUGACAAACCGGUCCUUGAGUUUGUAGGGGUCGGCCGUAGUGACCAUGUCAAGACCCUGAACCGUGUAUUAGAGAAAGCCACGAAAGCUGUUGGGGGGACGUUUGUCCAAAACCCCUGGUAUGCCUUGCUGGGUGAACAGCAAGUUACAGUUCACCCAAUUGGUGGUGCUUGUAUGGCUCGCGACGGAACUGGUUCGACUGGCGUUACGAACCACAGGGGUGAGGUCUUCAAUGGCUCCGGCACAGAGACCUACCCUGGUCUCAUCGUCACGGAUGCUGCGGUUAUCCCAACUGCCCUUGGAGCAAACCCAUUCGCCACUAUCACUGCUCUGGCUGAACGGUCUGUAGACCACUAUGUUAAAGAGAGAGGACUCACAAUCGAUAUGACGCAGAACAAAGUUCUUGACCUCUUUGGUGCUCCUGAACAUAAACACCGCCGUGGAAAGAGUGGUUGGAAAGAACACAUCGAGGAAACACAAGAGACAGCCAAACUAAACAGUGCGACGAAUGCGAUUAUAUCAGCUCGACGCAUGAAUGAAUCCGGAUUUGGCUUUACCGAAGUCAUGACUGGGCAUAUCCAUCGAGACAAGGGUCUUAAACGGGACAACAUAGACACAUACGAGCUGGCAGCUAGGACUGCGAAGUCCUUAAGCGAAACGGCGCGAUUUUUCCUCAGUGUGCAGUCCUUUAACACCAGGUCAAUUAUAAACGAUCCCAGUCAUAAAGCAACCUUAACCGGUACUUUUGUCUGCCCUACCCUCGAGGGGUCCCCAUUCAUGGUACAGCGAGGUGAUUUCAAUUUGUUCUUGUUAGAUCGAAAAGCACCUGGGACUCGAAACCUGACGUACGACUUCGACAUGCGUGGUAUCAAUGGAAGAUGGCUCCAUUUCCAUGGUUAUAAAGUAGUUGAUUCAUCUGUCGCGUUGUCGCCGAUACAUUUCUGGAAAUCGACUAGCACCCUAUACGUCACUAUCACUGAGCCGAUCUCAGAAUCGGAACGAAAAUGUGCGGAUGCGGAUGAAUGUGGACUUCUGGGGGAAAUCGUUGCCAAGGGCAUUAUGAGUAUCCGAGCAGAGGAUUUCCUUUCUGAAGUUUUAACCCUCACACCCACGGGCAGCAGCAUUUUCAAGAAGGUCUUAAGCGCAGCCAACUUCCUAACCUUUUUUACUCGGAAGUCUAUGUCGCUUCUCCUAGCACCACUCACCCCUUUGCAAUAUCCCACGCAGGCCUACACAGGCUUCGUAAACAAUACACCUCCGACUAAGACAUAUCAGAUCCAUGCCUCUGAUGGCGUCGUUACUAGAUUAUAUCAGUGGGAACCCACGAACCCAACGGUCGAACCUAAAAACCUAUUUAUGAUCCCCGGCGCUUCGGUUGACCAUCAGAUAUAUGCACUCCCUACCAUUCGGUAUAACGCUGUUAACUACUUCCGUCGCGCUGGCUAUAGGGUGUUCAUUCCCGUUCAUCGUAUCUGUAUGUUGAUGGUUGCGAAAGAAGACUGGACGACAUUUGAUGUACGUCUGGACCUGAAAGCUUGCCUAGAGAAGAUCCGGAAAGAGACCACCGAAGUUGGUAAGGAACCGGAACGCAUAUACGCUAUCGCACACUGUAUGGGUAGCGUAGCAUUCUCAGCCGGCCUACUCGACGGCACAAUUCCCGCCAAAUGGAUCAAGGGCAUAACUUGCAGCCAAGUAUUCAUGAAUCCGAAGUGGAAUACUCUGAAUAUGAUCAAGAUCAUGGCACUACCAAUUCCAGCCGACACGGUGUACCGAUUAGUGUCGGGAGAUUGGUUCAACUUUGGCACGACUGUAGAUGACUCCUUGAUUCAGAGAAGUCUUAACGAGUUACUGCGGCUCAUGCCAGAUGAGCGUAAAGAACUUUGCAAUAACGCAAGCUGCCACCGUGUCACGAUGGCAUUGGGCCGAUGCUGGAACCAUCGUAACCUUAACGAGGCGACCCACAGACAGAUCGACCGGUUCUUCGGGGGUAUUAGCAUGACGCUCUUGCACAUGUUGAUGAAACAGGGCUACGAAGGAGGUGUCAUGAGUAACGCCCCCCUAUUCGAACGACUGGACACACCAGAUAAUAUCCGUAGACUAAAGGGUAUCCCUAUCAUGCUAUUUGUCGGUCGCGAUAAUGCUGUCCUAACCCCCGAGUCCACGGAGAGGACUUACGAGAUCCUUACCGAUACGUUCACUGGCGAACACGCGAGCGGUGUCCAGUAUCGUCGCCGCGUGGUCCCUGAUUAUGGACAUCUUGAUUGUUGGAUGGGACGUAACGCUUGGAAGGACGUUUAUCCGUUUGUCCGCGAGGAGGUCGAUCGUGUGAUGCGUGGGGAAGAGUACAAGUUCCAGGAACCUAGCGAUACCUUUUCGAAGCUGGAGCUGGCAGAGCGGCAGGGUGAGCUGAAUCACGACAACUUACAUAACCGCCCCUCCGACGAUAUUCAAGGUGAUCCAAAACCUUACAAAUCUCGCAUAGUGAUACGGUUGCCGCGCGACCCAACAUUUCCCGCGGAUCAAUACGUGCGCGUGCCACCCGAUUCGCAGCAAACAAAUAGCCAGCAGUCUUCUCAGCUUACUGAUACCCAUGCUGCACUAGCUCACGAAUCCGAGCUUGAGAGCCAAGAGCAGAGGGUCGUGCCUGAUUCUCAGGAGAUACACAGCGCUUUGAUUUCUGAUGUGCAUAGCAGUAUCCCUGACCACUUCAGUUCGUUUGGAGCAAGUCAACUUCAGGGACGUGCUAUUGUCUCAUCCCAGCGCGAAGAAAGGCUUCAGCAUCCAGAAUCGUUUAGACACUCGACAGAAAUUCCUUCGCGUCAGCCGGAUCGUCCCUUUACUGGAAACCAGGGAAACGUGUCAACUUCGACCUUUCUAAUUGGGACCGUUGCAGGUUCGGCUUCGCUCGACGAUUCGCAGAGCACUAUUGGUAAAGGAAAUCCUACGUUCUUGACACAAGAAGGCCUCAACGUUGACGUUGUUCCCCCAACGUCCCAGCCGACUAGUUUUGCAUCUACUCUCCCUCACGAAUUAGCUUGGGACGAGCACAUCAGCCAAGAUCAAAGCCAGGCGCAUAUAAUAAGUAAUAACUCACAGGCCGCUCAAGUCGUGCUGCCCCUCAGUAGCCAACAGGGAGGGCUCGCGACAUAUAGCGAGGCGACCUUUACAGUUUACGACGAUCCAAUUGCACCUGACACUGUACUAAGAAACGCGCAGGACAAACGCGACCCGCAAAAUUCAAGCCAAGCUUUAAGUGAAUUGGACGGCAAUACUAGAAAUACAUCAUUCUCAGAAGACCAGCAACUUGAAUUAGAACCUGAGUCUAGUCACGCAGAGCUUUCGCAAACGAUUCCCGGGAAAUCAGUAGAGUUUGGAGCAAACAAAGUGCCUUUUGGACCACCUACAUUCGGAUCUCAGCAACCGGCCGCGCCUACGAAUAUGGAUACCGACCAGCCCGCCCCCGCCCGGGUUACGGCACGCGAGAGGUUGAGAUUAAUCCGGGAACACCACUUUGAAGCCCUAAACGAGGUUUUCCCACGACGAAAGGCUCCAACAGAGACUCCUUCUAGAGCAGCUAGCACCGACGUGGAUUCUUUAGCAGGCCCGCAACCGGACAUUCAGGAGGCACCGAUUGUUCAAGCUCCUGCUUCCCGAGAUAUUAGUCCCUUAACUCCAGUAAACCUGACAUCUCAACCUUUCCUGGCUCCGCCUCUAGAGACGGCUGCUAACGACAUAUCUUCGGAUCGUCAAUUACUAGUACCCGAGACUACCCAAACACCCAUUGAGCACGUUGAGCAAGAAAAGGAGGUCGAGCUAGGAUUAGAGGAAAGCGGCCCUAUUGAAGUAGGGUAUGAUAUCCAUGAAGAAGAGCAGCCUGCAACCUUAGACCCAUCAGCCUUGACGUUAUCUAUUGAACAUGAUAUGGAUGCUAGCCCAUCAAUACCAGUACACGAUGCUCUCCAUAACAGCCUACAGAUACCAGACGAUUUUGUUAUACCGCACGACGAAGAUGAGACACCUCUUAGCUAUCCGAGGAGCCUUCUCCCCUAUAUACCCACUGGACCUAACGAGUAUCUCGUUACACUCCCAUUUUACAAUAGCUGUCGGCCUGUAUAUAACGACGUACUUCGCGACAAUGAGGGGCUUAUUCGCGAGUAUAACGCUGCGUUUCGUGUUUUCCCUCAUCAAAUACCGCAUCCUGCAACAAUAUCGAAAAUUGACGAGAUGUUCUCUCGUCUUUUCGAUAUUUGCGACCUGCCACCGUUUAUAGAAACUACAACAACUAUUACACCUGCAGAGCUAACGAAGCACCUCGUUAAUACCAAUGCGAAAUUCGCAUUUGUUGCCGAGUUACUUGUUUACUUGGCCGAAGAGAAUUCGAAUAAGAAAGUUCUCAUAUUGUCCCGUCCCGGGAAGGUUAUGGAUUUCCUUGGUAACGUUAUAGAAACAAGAGGUUACCGUUAUAUUCGAUCCGGCCUAGAGAUCGUCAGUCCUUCUAGUGCCGAACACAGUCUGACCGUUGCCAUUUCGUCGACUCUUGAUAACUCCUCGUCAAUACCCGAAGAUAUCGACGUAGUCAUAGCAUACGAUCAUACAUAUCGGCCUGAGUUGCUCCCACAAACGAUUCGAGAGCGUUCUAUAUUGAUGGUUCUAACGAAUAUAUGCUCCAUCCAGCACCUUAAUAUGCGUGUCUCAGAGAACCUGGAACCGCUGGAACGAAAGAACGUCCUUGUGCUUGCGCUAGUCAAAGCAAUGCGGUACAUAGAAGAUGUUGACGACUCUUUAAUUGUCAAAUUUCACUCGGCAGCAGAGAAUUUCUGCAAGUACAUACAAGACCCGGAUGAGGAAGAUUUCUAUUGGGAGCCAUACGAGGUGCCAGAGGAUGUGUUCGAGGAUUUACACGCUGCCAACUCUCAAUCGCAAGUAUCGCAGUCCGUUCUUGGGGCCUUUGGAACCGACCAACUUCCCGCUAGUCGGAAGAGGUCUCACGAGGGCGAAGAUGAUGAUAUUUCCUCUAAGCGCCCCAGAGUAUCACAACCUACAGUUGUCACUCAUGUGAGUCACAUAAGUGACUCGCUGAAAGGUCUUAUCGGAGAUGACACGGUGGACGAGUCGCCGAAGGCAAUGCUCUCAGUUUCAGUGGGCAAGUUAGAGAAGCUAUCAGCUAAGGUCGUGAGCCUCGAAGCCAAGUUGCGCGAGAGCCAAAUGAGAGAAAAGCAAUUCCGUCAGCUCAGCGAUCGAUCUAAAAAAGAGGUCGACAACUAUGCCUCCACGGUCAGGUUGGUACAAGAGAAAUUCAUGACUUCCCUAAAGGACCGCGGAACCUACGAAGACCAGUAUUACAAGGCUAAGGAGGAAGCCCUAGCGACCAGUGCAAGUCUCGAAUCUAAGCGGAGAGAAUAUGACGAUCUAAAGGAGAAAUUUGCGGAGCAGCAAAAACGAUUAUCUGCAGCGCAUGAAUCGCUUCUUAAGUCUGCAAAUCCCGAGGUUGCCAAGAUGGCACGACUGGAGAAAGAGGUCGAGGAGUCUAAAAUCAAGGCGCAGAGCCUAGAAAAGAAGGCUGCAUUAACUAACAACGAGUUGGAAUAUGCCAAGAAUGCCUACCAAGAUGCAUCUCAGAGAGCUGCGGAGCUCCAGACAGAGAAUCGCGCGCUCGAACAACGAGUCGAAGAACUCAAUCGCAAGGCCAACGAUAACGCAGUUAAAAUAAACAAGAUUUAUGCGGAGAGCGAGAGCAAGGAACUUCUGCGACUACUUAAUGAGCAAAAGAACAUCGUUCGCGACCGAGAUCUAGAGCUUAACCGACUCCGGGACGAACUGCGAAUGCUGAAGGAAACCCGGCGGGGUACGAGACAGAGUAGUGUUCCUCGAAGCCCGCGGUUAAGCGCGUUUGGCGUCAAUAGUCCUCGCAACGGUGGUCGCACUAAGGGUAGCUCUAGCAGUCGUGGUACUAGUCCUGCUCCAGCGACAGGAAUCUUCGAGACGGGAGGCGGAAUUGGCACGCCAGUUCCAAAUAGUCGAGCUUCCCAUCUGCGAGAAUCCAGGUUCUGA